AUGAGCAGCCAGCCUUCGGAAAGCCAUACCCCCGGGCCCCCUCUGCCCGGCAUGUUUGCCAGGUACACCGACCUGGUCAGGCAGGGGCUGACCGCCGCUGUUCCCGACUCUGAUCUGUCCGACCUUAACCUGCCCAUCCAGUACCACCUGGGCUGGACCGACAAGGACGGCAAUCUCGCCGCCAGCGCCGCGUCCCAGGGCAAGGCCCUGCGCCCCACCCUUUGCAUGUUCGCCUGCGAGGCCCUGGAAGGCGACCUGACCCAGGCCCUUUCCGCUGCCGCUUCCAUAGAACUGGUCCACAACUUUUCCCUGAUUCACGACGACAUCCAGGACCAGGACCUUGAGCGCCGCCACCAGUCCACCGUGUGGGCCCUUUGGGGGCAGCCCAAGGCGCUGGUUGCCGGCGACGCCCUGCAGAGCGUGGGCGACCUGUCCAUGCUGCGCAGCGCACAACUGGGGGUGCCCCCGGAAACGGUAAUGCGGGUCUCCCGCAUUCUUACCGGGGCCUACCUGGAAAUGGUCGAGGGACAGUGCCAGGACCUGGGGUUUGAGUCUCGGACGGCCAUCACCACCGACGAUUACCUGCACAUGAUUGCCUGCAAGACGGGCGCCCUGAUUCGUUCAUCGGUGGAAAUAGGGGCGGUAUUAGCCACAGAUGAUCCUGCGGUCGCCAAUUCUUUCGCCAAGUUCGGCAGUUACCUGGGGAGGGCAUUUCAAAUACGGGACGAUUACCUGGGCGUGUGGGGCGAUGAAAACGCCACCGGCAAGUCCACCGAUAACGACAUACGGCGCAGGAAGAAGUCUUUCCCUGCCGUCUUUGCCCUUGAGAGAGCCUCCGGCGCCGCCCGUGAUGACCUGUUGCGCAUCUAUUCGCAGGAGGAGUUGGACGAUUGCGACGUGGAACGGGUAAUGGCCAUAAUGGACGAACUGGGCGCCUCCCGGUACGCUGAGCAGUUAACCCAGCAAAGCGCCCAGCAGGCCACCCGGGCCCUGGAAAAUGUCGAACUCCCCCCGUGGGCCCGAGAAGAGGUUGACCAACUGAUCGACUUCCUGGCUAACCGGCAGUUCUAG